CGGAGGCAACGGUCAGUACUGUAAGUGCACACUAGUUGUAUGGACCACGGCGAAUUCCAGGUGACCUUGCUGGUCCGAUUUCCCGUGCAUCAUACGCGCGUGCCCGAUAGGCAAUCACAUCAACCACAACCGAACAGUCGAGCGUUCGUCAUCGCAGUGUUUAGGCUGCGGCUUUAACCUCACUUUCAUUUGUUUCCUGCGUCUUCAACCUGAUACCGAUCCGUAAACCGCAAAUUCAGGUCAAAGCAUUCGCCAGGCGGCCAAGUGACUUCUGGUUGGGGAAUUCAACCUGGUUUGCGCCCCGCCAACAUUUGGAGAGUCGUCAUCGCCUACCAAACGCCCAACGCCGUUCCUCGGCAGUAAUUCCUUUGCUCGACGUCCCACCUCUCAGGCAUCGUGACCUAGUCCACCUAUUGUACAAACACCGCUCGCCGCUCCUAUCAUACGCACCUCUAGCAAAAAGACACCAUGUCUGGAAUUUGGGGCUGGUUUGGCGGGGGCUCAGCCGCGCAAAAACGCAAAGAUAGCCCCAAGAAUGCCAUUCUCGGCUUGCGAACGCAACUGGACAUGCUCCAGAAGCGUGAGCGCCAUCUACAGAACCAGAUCGAUGAACAGGAUGCCAUAGCACGAAAGAACGUCAGCACGAACAAGACGGCUGCGAAGCAAGCCUUGCGACGCAAAAAGGUCGCCGAAAGCACCCUCGAGACCACGCUGGGUCAGAUCACCACCCUCGAGCAGCAAAUAAAUGCGAUUGAGUCUGCCAACAUCAACCGGGAGACCCUGGCCGCCAUGCAGGCAGCACGUGAGGCUAUGGGCAAGAUUCACGGCAAACUCACCCCCGAGAAGGUCGACGAGGAAAUGGCGAAACUCCAAGAAGCGAACGAUCUCAGCAAUGAAAUCGCCACAGCCAUUACCAGCGCCAACAUUGGACAACCGAUUGACGAGGGGGAGCUCGAGGACGAGCUUGAAAAGCUCCAGCAGGAGGAGGUGGACUCGAAGCUACACGAAACAGGUGGAUCGAUCCCUGUCCAUGAUAAGAUCUCUCUUCCGGCAGCCGGAACCGGCGCACUCAAGGGCAAGGAGAAGGCGAAGGCGGUUGUCGAGGAUGACGAGGAGGAGGAGCUCAGAAAGUUGCAGGCCGAGAUGGCUAUGUGAGUUAGGCACGCAGGCCUAGGACGGAGUAUACAGAAGAGGAGGCAUGGAAACGGGGAUAUACAGGAUGCGAUUUAAGCGCGUGGCACCAUGUCGGUACCGCUUUCCAUUGUUGUGUCAUUGGCUUUUGUUAUUGGGAAGUAGGAGCUGGUUACGGUUGUUCCGUGUUUGUUUACCUUUUACUUCUUCUUUUCCUUUUUUUUUUUUGUUCCUGUUCUUUCUGAUUCCCUACUCUGUCCCUGCAGAGUUUCGACUCGUAAGACGAGCGGCGCUGGCGUUUUGGGAGGGUUGGCACGGUUUGGCAUAUGAGUGAUAAUUAUGCACAGUAAGGGAGAGGAACAGGACUGGUUGGUUGGACUGGUUCAUGUUGCACGCAUUGUGGAUGAAUUUAAGAUAUCAAUUUACUUAUCCAUAGUUAUCAUUCCUCCCCAAGCUCCGCGGUUAAGGCAUGUCCUACGAAUUCGCGGCCUGGACCAAGACCGACACCGAAGUAAUUCCGGUGUUUUCGAGGUCGUUGCUCCAAACGGUCUCGUGAUCAACUGACAGACGAUGUGUAGGCGUGGCGGAUCAUGGCUGUUAGUAAUCCGCAUUCGCAGAGUUGUUUGUUGACUUUGACAUGAAGAUCUAGACCUCAAAUAUUCUAGAUAUAGUUUAAUUGCACACCCGCUGUUCGUUCGUG